CGUCGUUCGUCUUGUAUACGCAUAGCGAAACACGAAAGCCCUUGUAUCAAAUGGUUUUGCAAGAUUGAUGUAAAACUUGUUGUAUAAAGCCUUUGUUGAAACACAGUACAAGAUUCUAAGGCAUCGAUCUCCAUAUUUAUUUUAUACGAGAACUGCAGCCUGAUAUUCUACACAAGCCAUAAUUGUCUUCGUAUACCUUCUUCAACAAUGACCUCUUCAACCAAGCCCAACCUUCUGCCAUAUUUUCCAGAUGAGAUCCUACUUCAUUGGAUGAGCUUCCUCCCUCCCAAGGACCUCAAGAAUAGUCGCCUGGCCUGCAGGAGAUUUGCUCGCGCCGGAAUUGAACCUCUACUCCAUACCUUGACUCUGACCACUUCUACCCAAAGUCGAUCGGCAUUUUCCAAAGUGAAGGAUGAUGAAGAUGCCAGGAGAUUUGUCCGUAAGGUGUCAAUCGUAAUUCGGCUGCCAGGUGUCUGCUGGCCCACGCUCGCACCCAAGCGAUUGCCAGUUCUUGCGGACAUUGAUCACUUCCCUGCGCUGAAGCAUACUGCGCUCCAGGUCGAAGUGCCCAUGUGUCAAGACAGAAGAUCAUAUCGACUCAUCAUUAAGGCUUUGGGUUUGAAUCCUUCCUUGAGACAAGCCGACUCUCCAUCCUCGAUGCUAGUGUUGUUGCCUUUGGUGUUGACCCAACUCACCCUACACUGUUCGGUGAAUAAUCCAGGUCUAGUGACGUUCCUUCCAACGAAGUGGCGCAUGCCUGGACUCAAGUCUCUCACCCUGGGCAACUUUAUCUUGGGCUCACAUGGACAUGUCGACUGGAUUGUUUCCCAUAAAGAAACACUGAAAGAACUAUAUCUCGACAGCUGCCCACUAGUCCAAUUGGUCGUUCAAAGCGACGAUACAUACGGCGGGCAGGUGAGUAUUGAGGAAAAUCGACGCUUUGAGCGGACUUUCAAAGACAUUACCUCGACGUCCUUGGGAGAUAGCAGAAAUUCGAUGAGGGUGGAACCUUUUACGAAAUCUACGGCCAUUCACCUCAACAGAAGCUGGCGUGAAAUGAUUGCCCACUUCCAUGAAUAUCUUCCCAACCUCGAGAAGUUCGGCGUAACGCAAGGUUCAUGGCAUGUUGGACACUCGUCUGAGCCUCUCAACGGAAGAGAUAAGCAACAUUUGCUUGCCUGGAGGGGUACUUCAGCAUCCGUAUCUUCGCAUUGUAUGCUGAGGAACCAAAGGGGAUCGCGUUGCUUUCACAGGAAAGCGACGGAGAAUUUUCUUUCCAAAAAUGACCCUAUGGUGUAUGUGGUCGAGGAAGUUGGUACGAUUAGGAGCCGUGCGUCGGCAGUGGCUUACCCCAGUACGGUGGAGGAAGACCGUACGGCUAUCAACGACUUCGUCAAGCAUCUUGCGCGGAAGUCGGCCAAUCGGACACAGUACCGUUCGUUCCAGGGUAGCAAUUUCGAGGAACCAUCCAUUUGGACCCCAGUUAAGCCAGAAAGGCUCCUACGCAUGACGUACGCGAGAACGCAUCACGAUAUAUUUCCAUAUCAUCAAGAUUGGGUCCAGAUCAUGAGUUUCUCUGAGCUGUCUCGAAACCCUGUUGAAAGACCCGCAAGGGCAAGCUACAGCUGCGUAUCUUUCUGGCGACCCAGACGAGCAAUUUCGCCGAAUGGGACAGCCCAGAAUCAUCAGUAACAUCGAUUUGCACUUCUAUAGAGGGAGCCUGGCCGUGGGUUACAAACGCAAGCUGAUGUCGAUGGGAGAUUACCUGAGACUCCUCCACGCACCGCCUGGGGCUAUUAUUCUUUUCGAAUGUCACUUUCCUGUUUGGGUGAGACGAGCCAUAUCAUACCAUGUCCAGACGCAUCGGGUUGUUCGAAG